AUGGCGCACGUUCCCUCCACCGAUGCAUCAGCAGGCCCACCGCCUCCCACUGAGCCUCCCAACGCAGGUGCCACAGCGUCGUCGAUCCAUCACUACGCCAUUCGCUUACCACCCUUCUGGAGCCACAACCCCACCUUGUGGUUUUUACAAGUCGAAUGCCAGUUUGCGUUAAGCGGCCUCACCUCCCAGCUGGCCAAGUUUCGGCAUGUGAUGAGCGUCCUGCCCCAGGAAGUUGCCGCCCAGCUCAUCGUUGUUCUCACCGCGACCCCCGCCGCAAACCCGUACGACGCUCUCAAGGCUGCCUUGCUCGAACGGACCACAGCCUCCGAGCGAAAGCGCUUCCAGGAGCUUUUGUCAGCCGAAGAUCUGGGCGACCGCCGACCGACAGAACUCCUGCGUCACAUGCAGAACCUUCUCGGAGAGCGAGCAGUGACGUUCGAUGCAAGCUUCCUGAAGCAGCUGUUCCUACAACGACUCCCACCAACGGUCCAGAUGAUCCUUACGUCCGCUUCAACACUCUCGCUUCCGGAAUUGGCACUCCUGGCCGACAAAGUAAUGGAGGUUGCCCCCCAUUCCAUCUCUGCAAUUCCACCUGCGGCAAUCACAAAUCCUCCCAUCCGUCCACACCCUCAGGCCUGUCCACCCACUGCUCUGCCGCCCGGGGACCCCAUUGUCCAGCUCCGCGAGGAUUUCGAGCGCCUAUCUGCUAUGGUGGCGUCCGCUGUUGCGCCGCGCAGCCCUCGACCGCGCCAUCGUAGUCCACGGCGUUUCGGCUCCCGUUCAUCCAGCCGCAGGCGUUCACCUCGACGUACUGCCGAAGACCCGCCUAUCGGCCCGUGCUGGUACCACCAGCGCUUUGGUACCGAAGCCCGCCGCUGCACGAGGCCCUGUACCUGGUCGGGAAACGCGACCGGAGACUGGUAA